AUUUUAUCUGAUUAGAAAAAUAGAAAGAAAUAUUAUCGCUUGUCCAAUAGCUAAGUUAUUGGGACAGCAAUACUUUCGGAGACUAAUAAUUCGGUUAUAUAAGAUAACUCUUUACCAAUUUUCUCAAUUGUCCCUGACACUUAUAUCACUGGUGUAGGAAUUCAGCAAGAAAAGAUUAAACCUCUAAUUUGUCACAAACUAUAACCAAUAUCUCCAGCUAGCUUAAUUCAAUCAUGAGUGAGUACAAGUCAGGACCUCUUGAAAGACCUGUCAGGCCAAGUCUAGAGAAGUUUGAUAUGGAUGCAGAAGAUGAGAGGAAGACAAGGCUUGGGUCUAUCAAGAAAGCGGCAAUUAAUGCCUCCACCAAGUUUAGAAAUUCUCUAACAAAAAGGGGUCGUAGAAACAGCAGAGUCAUGUCUGUCGUUGUUUUAGAAGAUGAGCAUGACGCGGAGGAACUAAAGGCAGUUGACGCCUUACGCCAAGCUCUCAUCCUUGAAGAAUUACUUCCUGCUAAACAUGAUGAUUAUCAUUUGAUGCUAAGAUUCUUGAAGGCUAGAAAGUUUGACAUUGAGAAAACAAAGCAGAUGUGGGCUGAUAUGCUUCAGUGGAGGAGGGAAUUCGGUGCAGACACCAUCACAGAGGAUUUUGACUUCAAGGAAAAGGAAGAGGUCCUAAAGUACUAUCCACAAGGCCAUCAUGGAGUUGACAAAGAAGGGAGACCAGUUUACAUUGAAAGAAUUGGUCAAGUAGAUUCGGUCAAGCUAUUACAAGCCACAACAAUGGACCGAUACCUCAAGUAUCAUGUACAGGAGUUUGAGAGGACCAUUAAUGAUAAGAUGCCAGCCUGCUCACUUGCUGCCAAAAGACACAUUGACACAAGCACAACUAUCCUGGAUGUCCAAGGAGUGGGACUUAAAAACUUCAACAAAUCAGCAAGGGAUCUCAUUCAACGCCUCCAGGCUAUUGAUGGAAACAAUUACCCUGAGAGCUUGUGCCGAAUGUACAUCAUCAAUGCUGGCUCUGGAUUCAGGCUCUUAUGGAAUUCCGUCAAGUCAUUCCUUGAUCCAAAGACCACUCAAAAGAUCCAUGUUCUUGGCAAUAAAUAUCACAGCAAGUUGCUUGAAAUAAUUGACGCAAGUGAAUUGCCAGAGUUCUUAGGUGGAACAUGUACUUGUGCUGAUAAAGGAGGUUGCAUGGUUUCUGAUAAAGGUCCAUGGAAUGAUCCAGAAAUUAUGAGGAUGGUUCGCAAUGGUGAGCAUAAAUGUUCACACAAAUUUGUGAUCUCAAUGGAUGAGAAAACUAUCCCAGAGGAUGACAAUGCCAACACCAAGAAGAGCACUUCUUUUAGAAAGGAAACUGACUCUUCAAAGGUUCAAAGGGAUAAUGGCCAGCUUUCCCCUGUCCGUGAGGAAUUUGAUAUCCCUAUCGUGGACAAGGCUGUCUAUGCGACUUGGCCUAAACAAGUAAAAGCUGGCCCCUUAGCUAAUUCUAAAGAUUUCUUCCCUGUCCACGAUGCUUGUAAGUCAUCGGAAGGAUUUGGCAAUCCUGUUUUCAGUGGAGUGAUGACUUUAGUGAUGGGCAUUGUGACAUUGGUUAGGAUGACUAAAAACAUGCCAAGGAAACUUACAGAUGCUACACUCUUGGCUGGUUCUUUGUAUAGUGCUGACAUGAUUAAAGAACAACAGACUCAUGGACAUGUCAUCUCGACAAAAGAUUACAUUAGCAUGAUGAAACGCAUGGAAGAACUCGAGGAUAAGGUCAUUACUCUUAGCCAGAAACCUUCUUCUAUGCCACCUGAGAAAGAAAACAUGCUUAACGCUGCCAUUAACCGAGUUGGUACUUUGGAGGAAGAACUUUUAGCUACCAAGAAGGCUCUUGAUGAAGCUCUUGUUCGUCAACAGGAGCUCCUAUCCGUCCUUGAGAAGAAAAAGAAGAAGAAGAAGUUUUUUGUUUUUUAAGUUUGAAUUUCUUUAGAUAGAUGUAGAGAUGGUGAUUUCAUUUUUUGGCCCAAGAAAGUUUGUUCGAAUGAUCUCUCACGUAUUUGUAAAAUUUUAACUCUUUAAAAACUUAAACAUUGUUUACAUUACCUGUUGUGCUAUUCACCAGCACAACUGCAGUAAGCUUUGUUCUAUCUUCUUCGGCGAGAUUUACUGUUCACCCUCUCCAUUGGAGCUCUAAUUGUAAAUGCCAUAUAUUAUGGCACAUUACAGAUACAUCAGCUUGUAUUUUUUUUUUCUGUAAAUAAAGAUGGAAGCAGUUUGCUGUUGGCUUUUGUUCA